CUGAAAUGAUGUGUGGUAUGUAAACAAAUAAAAUACUUUAGAUUAUCUGUACAUGAUUAUACUGCAUUCAUAUUGGACUUUGAACAAUUUUUUUGUUGUUUUUUUCCUUUGAAAAGGUUUAUAACUGAUUACAACAAAGGAAAAUGAAAAUGAAGAUUAAAAUGAUUAGAAAAAUGUUUUCCAGAGAAGGAAGGGAUAAAAGGAAGAUUACAUGACGUUUGUAAAAAUUGUUAAUUAUUUUAAUAGAGGAUAAUGAUUUAUGAAACUGCAUUGGUAUAAUCCAUAUAAGGAAACCAUAGUUGGAUGUAUUUAGUUUAGUUUAAGCAGAACAUGCAGAAUUGUUUGUCAAAAUGUAGCUGUAUGGAGUUCUAAGACAAAAGCCAUGUGAUACCUAUGGAAACAAUUUGUUCAUUACUUAUAACUCCAAAAAAAAGUUGAUUCAAUCAUUCAUAAUUACAAUACUUUUGAAAUAUUUUGUAAGAGACUGUGUGAAUAAGUAAAGGAUUUAUUGACCAAUCAGAACAGUUUUUGACCAAUCAGAUUACAGACACAAUGUUAGUGAAGGAAUAUAGAAUAGCUUUGCCUAUGAGUGUUGAGGAGUACAGGAUAGCACAGUUAUAUAUGAUUCAGAAAAAGAGUCGAGAUGAAAGCUCUGGUGAAGGCAGUGGUGUUGAAAUUAUCGUGAAUGAACCCUACACGGAUGGGCCAGGAGGAAAUGGCCAGUACACAUAUAAAAUCUAUCACAUUGGAUCACAUUUACCAGGUUGGUUCCGAGCUAUAUUACCGAAGUCAGCGCUGAGAGUAGAGGAGGAAGCAUGGAAUUCUUACCCGUACACCAAGACACGUUACCGAUGUCCAUUUGUGGAGAAAUUCCUUCUGGAAAUAGAAACGAAAUAUUUGAAUGAUGGAGGGACACAAGAAAAUGUCUUUAAAUUAUCUCAGUCUGAUAUUAAACAAAGACAAAUUGAUUAUCUGGACAUUGUAAAAGACCCUAUAUCUAGUGGGGACUAUAGGAAAGAAGAGGACCCCAAGUUAUAUAAGUCUACCAAAACUCAAAGGGGUCCAUUGACAGACACAUGGUGGAAAGAACAUUCUGAGGGGUUAAAAAAUCCAUCCUCUGGAAAAGCUAUCAUGACUGCAUAUAAACUCUGUCGUGUGGAAUUCAAAUAUUGGGGCAUGCAGAAUAAGAUAGAGAGAUUUAUACAUGAAAUAGGUUUAAGAAAGACCAUGUUGAGAGCCCAUAGACAAGCCUGGUGUUGGCAGGACGAGUGGUAUGGGUUACAGAUCAGUGAUAUAAGACGUUUAGAACUAGAAACACAGAGAGCACUAGCGGAGAAGAUGGGAUUCGCCAGCGAGAACGAGGAAGAGGAAGAAUCAGAUGAUCAGGGCAAUACAUUAAAACAUAAUUCCACAUCGUCUCACGAUGAACGUCCAAAGAUCCCGAUCUCUAAGUCAGAAGACACAGUGUCCACUUCGUCCGACAGCAAGUUAACAGUUCGUUCAGGGGAUUCUCCUGCUGUGAUGAAGGAACAUAGAUCUCUGUCAGCUUCCUCUAAAUCAAGAUCAUUUGGAAGUUCUGCUAGAGAGAUUUCUACAACUAGAAUGUUUGAGAGUUUAGAAAAGUUACAAGAAUCCAGUUCAGAUGAAGAAUUCUAUGAUGCUGAAGAGGAAUUAGUAGAAUUUUAUUUGUCCAACUCUAAAGAAGACCUAUAUGAGAGAAGUGCUGACCCCCAGUUAUUGAGGUCAUCACCAAUAGAUGUACAGUCCCUGAAUGAUGAGUUUGCUGAUGCCAGGUCUACUAUAUCUCUUGAUCCAGCAGAUACGCCAUUGGAAAGAAGGAUGGAACAGAUACGUCAACACUACAGCAUUGACCAAUCAACACACCCACACACAUCACCACCAGACUCAGCCAGUUGUAAAUCUAGUAUAUUGUUUAUGGUGCUUCAUGGAGGUUGUCUUGUUGAUACACACGUAGAGAACCAGCAUCCCUCCAAGCGGAAUGACUUUGUUACUAUGAAGUCUUCAUUUGAAAGUGUUAUACGUUCACAUUAUCCAGGAGCUUAUGGACACAUAGCAUUCAAACUGGUCCCUUGUCCACAGAUUUGUUCUGAUGUUUUAGAUAUAUUAGCAAGUAUAACCCCGUUUUCCUUUGAAUCUCAGUCACCAAACAGCGUGGAUGGACCAAUAUGGACACAAGAGUUUGUUCCCCUUGGUGCGAUAGCAUUAUUUGCGAGUUCUAAUCCUGAUUAUCACGAGUGUGUCAAUAAAACUGUGUCUAAGGCUAAUAUAGUAUACCAGGAAUUCUUAACUUCAGACGAAGGAAAAGGAUUCAACGGACAGGUUUGUUUGAUAGCUGAUAGUACCAGUUCUGUGUUAGCGUAUGAUGCCCUAUGUCAAAAUCCUUCCUGUAUGCGAUAUCUUAGUACAUAUGACAGUCGUGAGGCUCUUCCUGAGGUCGACUCUACGACAUCGUUCAGAAGAGAACGUUCAAAAACAGAAUCCUCGGGUGCAAAAACAAACAUAGACACAACAAGACAAUUGAGUCACAGUGACCCAGAUUUAACAUUAAAUAGUCCUAAUGUAAACAAUCAGUGUAGUAAAAGUGAUAUUGUGAGCAUAGAUUACAAAAUGAAAAGGACAUGUUCUACAAGAGAUCCACCUAAUCACCCAAGUCAUCAAUCAUAUCUUAAUGUAAAUGAGAAAGACCCUUCAAGGAGAACUAGUACAGGAAGUAAUUUUGAAGGGACAUAUUUAAAAUUUGACUUUGAUGUGUCUGACAUGUUCAUUCUAGGAUCACCGUUGGGACUUGUGUUAGCUUAUCGAAGGAUGUACUGUGGUGAAGAUAGAUCUUUUUCUCCCUACAGUCCAGCCUGUGGUCAAGUCUACAACAUAUUUCAUAAUAGUGACCCAUCAGCAUUUAGACUGGAACCCUUAUUAAACAACACAUUUAGAUACAUACCACCUGUUAAAGUUUCUAGAUACUCAAAAUAUCCUCUAGGUGAUGGGGAACCAGUUCAUGUUGUUGAAACAGUACAGAGUAAUUUAUCCUUGUUUCUGGGAACGAGGAAAAGUUCCAGUGGCCAUAUUUUACAACGACAAAACAGUAUAUCCAGUGUCGUUAGUAAUAUGUCUGGGAUGGGAGAGAAUACUAUGUCAGUUUUAGCCAAUGUAACUAGUAAAUGGUGGGGUAACAAGAGGAUAGACUUUGAGUUAUACAGUCCAGAUAUCCUACAUUCAUUCCCUACAUCAGCAUUACCUCCCCUGUUUCAUGCCAGUUUCUGGGAGUCAUCAGAUUUAGCAUCGUUUAUCUUAAGACAGGUUUUGAGACAUGAUGUAUUAUUGAAUGAAGCAGCAGAGAAACUUAGUUUAUUACCAGACUCUGUGAUGUCAGCCAAACAACCAAAAGAAAAGUGGUUAAAAAGGAGAACAACCAUCAAAGUUAAAAAUUUACAAGCCAAUCACCGUGGAAAUGAUGUAAUAGUGGUUGAUGGGAAGGAGCAGACGAUCACAGCUAGAUUUAUGUACGGAUCAUUUGAUGUUACUUCUUUGUCAGGAGAAAAGGUCGACGUACAUGUCAACAACCAAUCUACAGGAGACUGGGAAUACCUAGGUACUUCUGUAACAGACAAACAUGGACGUUUACAGUUUACUGUACCUAAAGAGAAAAUGUUACCUCAGGGAAUGCACCCAGUAAAAGUGGUUGUCAGAGGAGACCAUACCUUUGCUGACUUUUUCCUGUCUGUAUUACCACCCCAUACUGACACAGUUGUAUUCAGUAUAGAUGGGUCCUUUACGGCCAGUGUUUCUAUAUCAGGGAAAGAUCCAAAAGUUAGAGGUGGGGCUGUCGAUGUUGUCAGACAUUGGCAGGACCAAGGUUAUUUAAUUAUAUACGUCACAGCUCGCCCAGACAUGCAACAUCGUAAAGUUGUUUCAUGGUUAGCAAUGCAUAACUUUCCACAUGGCAUGGUAGCAUUCAUGGAAGGUAUCACUAAAGACCCACUCAGACAAAAGUUAAACUACCUGAAAGGACUACAAACAGAUGCCCAGAUAGUUUACAGGGCAGCCUAUGGCUCGAGUAAAGAUAUAUAUGUCUAUAAAGAGUUAGGUCUGACAGUGGCACAGAUAUUUAUUGUGGGAAAAGCUUCAAAGAAAGAUGCAUCUAAAGCACAGGUUUUAGCUGAUGGUUAUGGUGCACAUUUGAAUGACUUAAUUGCAGCAGGAUCACUUCGCCCUGUGUUAACUAAUGCCAGGAUAAUACGACGUGGCUGCAUAGCACAUCCAGAAAAAUCAGAGGGCAAAAAACAAUUGAAACGAUCCUCUUCACAUAAUCCAGCGGGAAAAGAUGGCAAGCAAUUGGAAAACUGUGCUUCACAGAUUCGAAUCACUGUGGGGGAACACGGGAACACAGUGUUACAACCAGGACAGACAGAUUAUGGAGGGAUAGUCCGACCUCGAGGCUCAUCACCUCGGUUAAUGACUAGUAUAAAUGAUAGCAAGAGAUAGCAUCUCAUGUAAAUAUUAAUUGUGCCAUCUCAUGGCAUGUGAUUUGUUGGUAAUAUGUCUGGGUACUGUGUACCCUGGUUUUAUCCCUAUGGUUCAGAAUCAAGUUAUCAGAUUUGGCGCUUAAAAGAAAGCUCGAUCAGAAUUCAAAGUAAGGUUAAGAGAAUGUAUUGUCUAGAAUCAUAGUUAAUGUAAAUUGCUGCGCUACUACAGGGGUUGUUUGAAGACCUUGACGACCCAUGAGUUUUGUACAGUCUGUUUUGAUAGAUUGGUCCAUUGGAUUGUAAUGACGCAAAAUAUGUUAAAAACUCGGUUGGAUUAGCAUUCUGUUUUCAUUUAUUUUUUUAUUGGUGUAGUUAUGAAUUUAAAAGUUUAAAACCCCUUCAUCUGUUGUGUCAACCUGUAACAUUUUGAUAUUGUCAUUUGUAUAUAUACUCUUUGACACACUAUCACUUCAUAUUGGACAUUUUAGAUAUUACAUUUUGACCAAUAUGUUAGAGAGUUAAAAUGGAAACAGAAAAUAAUUUCUUCUCUGAGACUGAAGUAAAACAAAUGAAAAAGAAUUGAACCAGACAAAGAAUGUUACAGCUGAUUUCAUUGAGUAUGUAUCCAAAGGUUACUUCUUUGGUUAGCUUGCUUGUUAGCUGAACUGUGGAUUAAUCAUUUAAAGGUCAGGUAUACUACC